GCGACACACAUGGCUACCUCCUCAGCAAAGUGCCAGCUACUCGGCAGCACCUUCUCAAUCUGCAAGCGCACCCUUCCCUCGGGAGUCCUGAAACCUCGGUUGCUUGCCUCCUGCCCCCCAGUUCCUGUCUCCCGGGUCAACUAAGGACAGCCGGCUACGGCCGGACUACAGACGCUAAGAUCAACCACCAACAUUUUGAAGGUCCUAAACUUUCUGAUGGUGGUGGUAAGCCAUGGCGACGGAUGAUAAAGUUGCCAUCUUAACCGAUGAUGAAGAGGAACAGAAGAGAAAAUAUGUGCUUGCCGACCCCUUUAAUGGUAUUUCCAGGGAACCAGAAGCACCUUCAAAUGAAACGCCCUCCCCCAGUGAAACAGCUGCUCUUCCUGAGGAGGAAAUAGACUGGAUAGAGAAACACUGCGUUAAAAUAAACAAUGAUCUUCUAAUUUCCAAGGUUUUUUAUUUUUUCUUUUACUCUGCGUAUGGCUCUCUUUACCCACUUCUGCCGGUGUAUUAUAAGCAGCUGGGAAUGUCACCAAGCCAGAGCGGGCUGCUCGUGGGUAUUCGGUACUUCAUUGAAUUCUGCAGUGCCCCGUUUUGGGGUGUGGUUGCAGAUCGCUUUAAAAAAGGCAAGAUCGUCCUUCUCUUUUCUCUUUUGUGUUGGGUUUUAUUCAACUUGGGCAUUGGAUUUGUCAAACCCGCUACCUUGCGAUGUGUACCAAAGAUUCCCCCAACAGCUCGCCCCACCAAUUCAAGUCCCCCGUUCACUGUCCUGCCAACAAAUUCUUCCAUUACCACAUCACCUAGAGUUCGUGAGAAAAGGUACCCGCUUCCUUAUGAAGGGCCACUGAUGUUAGAAGCAGGGCCCAAUGUCACGGAAACUGUCAUCUUCUCGACAGCUCUGAACAAGACCAGCAUGCCCACUCUGCAGCCUCAGACAGAUGAAAUUACGGACCAUAUCAUGGACUUGACCUCGAACCCAGGCACUGCAACCUCUGUGCCCCCAGGAAAUGCAACCAGGGAGACAACGACCUCUAUUGUCACUACCGCCAAAUCUUUACUUUCUGACCAAGUCACUCUUAUUUAUGAUCAACAAGAAGUAGAAGCUAUAUUCUUAGUGAUCUUGGUAGUUGUCAUAAUAGGAGAAUUCUUCAGUGCUUCCUCCGUCACGAUUGUGGACACGGUGACCCUCCAGUAUCUGGGAAAGCACAGAGACCGCUAUGGGUUGCAGCGCAUGUGGGGUUCCCUGGGCUGGGGCCUGGCGAUGCUGUCCGUGGGCAUCGGCAUUGACUACACCCACACAGACGUGCUCAUCGACGGGAAGGGGUGUAAGCCCCCUGAGUACCGAAACUACCAGAUCGUCUUCAUCGUCUUUGGGGUUCUCAUGACCAUGGCCUUGAUCGUCGCUACUCAGUUCCGGUUUCGCUACAACCACUUCAAAAAUGGUGACAGUAAAGGGAAAGAGGUGGAGAUCCCUCAGGUGGAGAGGAACAGCUCCACGGAGUCCUCGGAGGAGACACCAACCACCACCAGCCACUCGCAGGCCUUCAACUUCUGGGACUUAAUCAGGCUGCUUUGCAGCGUGCAGUAUGGCUCCGUGCUGUUCGUGGCUUGGUUUAUGGGUUUUGGGUACGGCUUCGUGUUCACCUUUCUUUACUGGCAUUUGGAGGACCUGAAUGGAACGACAACCCUCUUUGGGGUCUGUUCAGUCCUGAGCCAUGUGUCUGAGCUGACGGCUUAUUUUUUUAGUCACAAGCUUAUUGAAUUGAUCGGCCACAUCAGGGUUCUGUACAUUGGCCUGGCCUGCAAUACGGCUCGCUAUAUUUAUAUUUCCUACCUGGAAAAUGCCUGGACUGUUCUCCCCAUGGAAGUUCUUCAAGGAGUGACGCACGCGGCCAUCUGGGCAGCCUGCAUUUCUUAUCUCAGCGCUGCGGUCCCGCCCGAGCUGAGGACGUCUGCACAGGGCAUCCUGCAGGGCCUUCAUCUGGGCUUGGGGAGAGGUUGUGGGGCCAUGAUCGGAGGCGUGUUAGUCAAUUACUUUGGGGCUGCUGCAACCUUCCGAGGAAUCGGCAUGGCCUGCCUGGUGAUCCUCCUGCUCUUCGCCCUCAUCCAGUGGCUGGCGGUGCCAGGCGAGGAAGAAGACAAGACGAUGUUGGCAGAAAGGAUUCCUGUUCCCUCUAGUCCUGUUCCCAUAGCAACCAUUGACUUGGUCCAGCAACAGACGGAAGACGUUAUGCCACGCAGUGAGCCCAGAAUUCCACCCAAGAAAACCAAGCACCAGGAAGAACAGGAGGAUGUGAACAGGCCAGCGUGGGGGGUCAGCUCCUCUCCCUGGGUGACCUUUGUCUACGCACUCUACCAAAUUAAAGAGAUAAUGCAGUUAACAAGAGACAACCGUGCUUCUGAGAUACAGCCUUUACAGUUGCACAUAGGAAAGGAGAUGAAAGGGGACCAGUGAGAAUCGGGAAGAUUCUCCAGCUGGUAGAGCCCGGCCUGGACCACGUGAGACUCACUCUGACCCAUCUAGAAACCAGCCAUCCCCUCAAGCAGCAGCAUCUCAGACGCAGAGCAGCCCUGCUCACGUGGACGG